AUGAAUUAAUUAAGUAAUAUACAUACAUUUACUUUUGGAGGUGGUUGCUUCUGGUGUUUACACGCUAUAUUUAAACGUGUAAAAGGCGUUAUAAACGUAAAAUCAGGUUAUUCGUCUGGAUAAGUAAAAAAUCCAACAUAUAAAGAAAUAUGUACAGGAACUACAGGUCAUGCCGAAGUUGUUUAAAUAGAAUUCGAUAUAUAAAAAAUUUUAUAUGAAAAUAUAUUAGAUAUUUUUUUCCAUAUACAUGAUCCAACAUAAUUAAAUAGACAAGGAAAUGAUAUCGGUACAUAAUAUCGCUCAAUAAUAUUAUAUAGAAACUAAUAAUAAAAAGAAAUUAGUGAAAAAAUACUUAAUUAAUAACCAAAUAAAGAUAAAAUAGUAACAGAAAUUAAAUAAUUCGAAGAAUUUUAUGAAGCCGAAGAAUAUCAUUAAGAUUAUUAUGACUAAAACACAGAAUAAGGAUAUUGUAAAGCAGUUGUAUCUGUUAAAUUGAAAAAGUUUUUAGAUUAGUAUAAACAAAAUUUAUGA